AUGGUGAGUCCAGCCAACACGAGACUGGCCAAGACGGGAUCAGACAAGAGACAUGUUACCAACACUAGCAUCCAUAGCUUUGACCUGCGCCACUACUCUCUCGACGGACCCGGCGAAGCUCCAGGAGGCUACCAAUCAUCCCCAGUAUCUCGUGGUAGGCGAACACACAGCACCAGAGAUGAAACACAUUCUCACCAAUCCACUCGAUGGCGCAGCGCCGAUAGCAAAACAUCUCAACAGGCGUCACCUCCACCCCGUGUAUCUCGAACGCGAAGAUGGCAACUCUCGGACGCCAUGUCGAUAGAAUUCAGACGACGUACUGAUGGGAGUUCUUCUCAACCUCCACCGUUCCCCUCUUCGGACAUCUCCUGGGACCAAUAUGUUUCGGAUGAUACUAUCACCAAUUACCGAGCCAUCGGAGCUCAAUACCAAGCGUGGAUAGCCGGUCGAAGCGCAACAAUAUGUCCAAUCCGACGAUCGAGAGUCACCUGGGAAGAUUUAAUCAACCACCCGCUCCAGGAUCACAACUUCGAAGUGUAUCUAGACGAUAAUAGAUCAGCACCGGAGGAAGCGGGCAGGAUCGAGUCAAUCGGGCUCUCGACGGGGAAUGAUUGGCGUUAUGUUUACCUGAGGCGAUAUGGACACUGGAAUUAUGACCAUGAGGGUUGGACUGUUUAUCAGCACCGCACCGGGCCCGGUGCUAUCUUCGUUGAGAACAUUACAAGACGAUUUGGGCCAUACUGGGCUCAAGUGGCUCUGGCGCAGUACCAGCUCAAUAACCACAUCGAUACGCUCCAGUAUGUUUAUUUUCUCAACGUUCAGAACCUGUACACCUGGCCCUACGUGGAAACCCAUCUAUACCCUCGUCAUGAUUUGGAUUGGUUUAAUGACCACGAGCCACAGUGCUGGACAUACGGUACUAGAGAGUAUCAGGAGCUCUUGGGUACAAAGCUAGGAAGGGGGGUGGCUCGUCUGGUGUUAGGGGCCUGGGCAAGAGGCACGCAUCGCAUCGACGCCAUUUACACAUGGACGAUUGUCGGAAACCUACAGAUGAGGUUUGAUAUUAAGCAAAUUUGA